AUGGCUUUGUCUACCACGAACAAGGUCGAUCCCAAGAUCCCUGCCGUGCUGCCGUUCGAGAAGAUGUACUCCAUCCAGGUCGGCGACCGGCUGUUCCGUCUCAGCGGCGCGUCUAUCUCGUUCGACUCGCCCUCCUAUUUCACCUCUUUUUUUGGCCGCAAGGAGAACGAGAACAAGGUCCUCACCGUGGACCGUUCCGCUGCCGUGUUUGACAAGAUAUGCUCUCACUUGCAAGGGUACUGCAUCCGCGCGGACAACGAGUACGAACUGAUGCACUUGUACGCGGACGCGACCUACUUCAACCUCCAGAAACUGCUCAAGCAGCUCACAGAGGAGUUCUACCACUGCAACGUGGGCGGGCUCAGUUUCCGGUUCCCGCAGGAGCUGCUGGCCGGCGAGGGCAACAGCCCGAACUACUUCACGGUGGCGUACCAGACCACGUUCCAGAGCGCGUACUUUCGCGGCGAGCUGAAAGACAUGAUCCGGCCGCCGCCACAGAGCCCGAUCGUGGUCAAGCGCAGCGGCAAGUUGUUCAACGACCUUCUCAAUGCGCUGUCGACGGGCCGCGUCUGCGUCGAGAGCGAAGAGCACCGCCGCCAGCUGCUUGCCGAGUGUCGCUACUACAGGUUUCUUGCUCUGGAGCAAAAACUGAUUCCGCACAAGAUCCAGAUGAAUCCGUUCUUCCACCGCGAGGAGAUCGUCGUUGCGCUUGCCGACGUCAAAAGAGACGGGCUCUCGAUCUCGUCUGACAGCCCGGUCCUGUACAAACGGCCCUACGUGGACGCCAAGGCGCGCGUGCUGGUGCUCCAGAUCGAGUCCGAGGAGGCCAGUCUACUGAUCCACACAAAGCUCUCUUUUCUCAAUCUAUUAUUUACCGGGACCACCGCGCGCCGCCUGUACACGCUGCUGAGCCCGCUGGACGGCGAUAUGUACGAGUCGACGGUGCUGGAGGACGGCAGCGUCCAGGAGAAGCUGCGGAUGUUCGUGUCUCUGGACGAGUGCUCGUGCACGCUGAACGGCCACGAAACGAAGAACAACUGGUACAUGGACUUCUUUGCCGGCGGCAGCGAGAACACGAAGCCGCUCAACGGCGAGGUUAUCGACGUCAAGCUGCUGCGGUCGCAAUGGGUCAUCCACUGCAAAGACGAGGGCCGGCUCUGGUUCCACGGCGUGCUGGCCGACGGCGUGCUGGACGCGGCCCACUUCAACCGCCGCCGCGGCUUCCUGUGA